AUGAGCCGCAACCCCACUCCAAUCCCCGCUCUGCAUUCCCGCUCGCAGACUCCCGCGUAUACACAUUCCCAUCUCUCGACACAAAUAAGUGCUCCACAUUCCCACUUGCAUAGUCAUGUACCCCCCUUCCAAGGCGACGCGCUCCCUGCGCGCGCACAGCUCGCCGCCGCCGCCGCACUUCCCGUCAUCGCAGAGAGUGGCGUGCGCAUUCCUUUUGGUGAUCUAUGGGCAGAUGCGCGAACGGUCGUGUUGUUCAUUCGUCACUUUUGGUGUCCACUGUGUCAGGACUAUCUGUUCUCUGUUGCGCGAGAAGUGGAGUAUGCGCGGUUGCGCGCCGCCGGCGUCCGGCUCAUCAUUGUGGGUUGUGGGUCGUAUGGGCUGAUCAAAUCAUAUCGACAGAUCUUCCGCAUGCCGUAUCCGAUCUACACUGACCCUUCUUUGCGCCUGCACCGCGCCCUCGGGAUGACACUCCGCGCCUCUCCUUCUAAUUCUCCUUCCACCCCCAAUUUCCCUCAUAUUCCUCCCCCUCCCACCACCGCUCAUUCUACACCCCCUUCCGCUCCUUCAUUUCCCUUUUCUUCCUCUGAUCCACACGCUAAGCAGAACUAUGUAAAGCACGGCCUCAUGGGUGGGUUCGCGAUGGUUGUGCGCCACGCGCUGCGCGUCGGUAUGCCGGUAUGGGAGCGCGGGGGCGAUGCGGCGCAACUCGGGGGCGAGUUCGUGUUAGGUCCUGGGUUGACGUGCAUGUACGCGCACAGGAUGCGCACACGCCGUGGGCAUGAACCUAUCCUGACCGUUCUCAGCGCAGCAGGCGUG